AUGUCGCGCGAGUCGGAAUCGAAAAGGCGGACUGAUCCUACACACAACUACGCCGGCGAUGCAAGUGAUACUGGAUGGUACUACUCUGGAGUGGAGCAGUAUAUUAACGGUGACUAUGUUGAUUGGAAUGCCGCGAUAGUCCAUUCACCAUUUGACUACGCAGCAGCAGCCCCGAGCAUCAGCGGGCCAAUCUAUGACUCAACUCCAUACUUCUUGGAAACGACGCCCGCAGAACAUUAG